AUCGCGGAGAAAAGAGGAUCAUCACAAUCCAUCAAGAUGGUGAUUACUAUUUAGCAACAUUAGUCCCGCGAUUUUGAUUCCCUUUCGAAUGUUAUUAACAUUUUGAAUGCCUAGCAGUUUGUGCAAAAUCAGUCGGUGCAUUUUCGAUGAAUCGAAAAUUGAUAGUGAGUGUUCUGUGUGAUAGGAAGUUGUUGAUUGUAAAUUCUGCAAUAAGCAGAAGUAUAGAUUGAUUUUCCUGUUGAUUACCUUGACUCCCGUUUGAAGGGACCAAAAAAUCUAAUUUUUGUUUGUGGGGCAUUUCAAAUGGUUUGCCUAUUAUUGCAGUCAGCGUCUUGAUUUGUUGUGGUUUGCUACUGUAUCAGAGGUGUUAGGGUUUUUUUUGUUUAUUAUACACUAAACAGUGCCAGAUUUUGCUACAAAUAGUGCAUACAGUGUACAGUUUUAUCGUUAAUAGUUAUUAUGCACAGUGUUUUCAGAGCCAUUCGUCACCGAAAAUAGAUGUAUUAGAAAACUGAUUUAUCAAUAAAACAAAAGUUCCCACUGUGACGCACAACAAGCAGCUGGAAAACGGUAUAAAAAAACAGUGUAAACAAGUUUUAUUUGGACAUUUGCACGGAAGAGCUAUGUCGGACAAUUUGCCCUCUUCGUGCCAGCAGAAGCAACAGAAUGAUGGUAGCAAAUCUCAUGAUGAUCCGCAAUCACAGACUGUUCCCCUUCAGAAUCAGCAGCCACAACCAACGAAAUGGAUUUGCGAAUAUUGCACAUACGAAAACUUCCCUCUAUCGUUGAAAUGUACCAUGUGCAAGGGGCAGAAGCCUCUUUUGAACGAGGAUAUUUUCAGAUUAAGCCCUACGCAGCAGCUCAGUACAACGAAAAAAUCCACAUCAAACCAAGCUAGUGGAUCAUCAGGUAUAUCACCAACUAGCGAAAGCGACAGUACUCUAAGAUGGUCAUGCAGUACUUGUACUUACUUGAACCUGCCCCACGCUCGACGUUGUCAGCAAUGCAAUAGCAAACGAGAAGAUGAAAUAUUGAUCAAACCGUUGAACCAGAAACCUCUGCCGCAAAAAUCCAUACCAUCGAAGAUGAUUUCGGAAUACGACAGUUUGAGUGACCAAUUGAAUGCCCUCAAUAUUUGUCGAAGCACGGGUGAAGAUGAUUUGUUAGAUCUGUUCCAUCCUGGAAUAGAAAGUGGUCGUAAACGGCGGAAUAACUCGCCUUCUCAUAAAGGUUCCACUGCUGCAGAACGGGUUCUGGAAAGUUCCAAAGAUAACGAUUCAGGAGGUGUGAUUUGUGGCGCAAAACACCAGUCACCGACAUCGACUUCUCCAGUAAACACUUGUUCCCGUUCGUCUAACAAUACAGGAAAAUGGUCUUGUUCUGCUUGUACUUAUGAAAAUUGGCCCAAAGCAUUAAAGUGCUCAAUGUGCUUACAUCCACGCGAAACAAACAGUGGUCGCAAUAGCCAAGCUUCUGCAAAACAUUCACCAGAACACGAUGAGAAUGUUGCUAGCAAUAUAGUGGUUAACAAUAAACGUAAUCAACAGUUGGUUCGCGAGCAGGAACCAAUGAACAAUCUGGAUGUAUAUCAACAAGAACGAUAUAUGCGUCAACUGAGGCGACAGCCAGAUUGGCAGUGGCUUAAUGCAUGCAUCGGAAUUGCAGAGAAUAAUGUGGGAGCCGUUGAAAGUUAUCUAACCUGUGGAGGAGAUGCUGGUCGAGCUCUUACCCAUUCUGAAGUCAACUUGUUGAAUCAUAACAAUAUUGCUUUUGAUGUUGGUCAUACUUUAAUUCACCUGGCAAUUCGGUUUCAUCGUGAUGAAAUGCUGCCAAUGCUUUUGGUUCAAAUCUCAGGUUCAGGUCCAGGUAUCAAGAGGGUACCCUCGUACGUCGCCCCCGAUUUGGCCAGCGAUAUAAGGCGUCACUUUGCCCAUUCGUUACGUAUCCGAAAAGCAUCGUUCAGCUGCCAGUACGUUACUGAGCAUGCAACAUUUUCGCUGCCAGCAGAUAUCGAAGAACUUCCAUUGGCUCUGCAGGAGCAACUGUAUGAAGAGCUUCUUGAUCGGGAUGCCCAGAAGCAGCUGGAAAUGCCACCGCCAGCUCUAAAUUGGUCGCUGGAAAUCACCGAACGGCUGGGAUCCCGUUUAAUGGUGCUAUGGAAUCGAAGUGCCGGUGAUUGCUUGCUAGACUCGGCCAUGCAAGCAACAUGGGGUGUAUUCGAUCGUGAUAAUACUUUAAGGAGGGCUCUUGCUGACAGUUUACAUCAGUGCGGCCACUUUUUCUAUCCUCGCUGGAAAGAAAACGAAAUCCUUCAAGCUGCGCUGCUACACUACACUUUGGCUGAAUCGCAACUAGAAGAAGAUUGGAGUACUCUACUAUCACUUGCUAGUCAGCCUGGGUCUUCACUCGAACAAUUACACAUAUUCGUUCUAGCACAUAUUCUACGUCGGCCUAUUAUUGUCUAUGGUGUAAAGUACGUAAAAAGCUUCCGUGGCGAAGACAUCGGUUAUGCCAGAUUUGAAGGCGUUUAUUUGCCUUUGUUGUGGGAGCAAAGCUUUUGCAUAACCUCGCCAAUUGCUCUUGGUUACACCAGAGGUCAUUUUAGUGCACUCGUACCGACGGAACCUUACUCACGAAUAGAUGCAGCUCGAGACGAUAGGGAAGACAUCACCUUUUUACCUUUAAUGGACUGCGAGAUGAAGCUUCUGCCGAUUCAUUUUUUGAAUAACAACGAGAUUGGUCGGGAAGAGUCUAUCAUGCGCCAGUGGUUAGAUGUCUGCGAAACUGAAGGGUUAUUAGUAGCACAGCAGAAAUUGCAUAAACGUCCACUAUUAGUCGCUCAAAUGCUAGAGGAAUGGCUUAAUCAUUACCGGAGAAUAGCUAUUUCAAGGCUUUUUUAAAUUGCUGGAACGGCUGGCUGGGAGAUUUUAACAAAAUUAAUAAUUUUAAUCGUAGAGAAGAGACACAACGUCACAUAUGUCACUUAUCCAACUGUGUAAAUCACUUACAACUAGAGAAAA